CAAGAUAUCUGAUUCGAUUUGGGAGCGAACCAGUUCAUGGGAUGCAGGUAUCUCCCAAAACCAGCAUGUGAAAAUCCGCCUCCUGUUCUCCUGCGUUAAGCAACCCCGCCUCCCCUCAAUGGCACAAUCCAUCAUCCUCCGUUCUCUCCUCCGCAAAAAUCUCCAAAACCUUCUUCCACUUUCAACCGCGCUAUCAAAAACCCUGGCAAAACCCUCGAACCCUCCCCUCGUCAACAACCCCAAUCCCAUGAUCCUCACUCCCUCCUUACUCCGCUCAUUCUCCCAUCACUCCGAUCCCAGUCGCAACCCCAAACCCCAAAACGAGAAGAAUAGCAAGAAGCAGAAGAAGAAACCCACAAAGAAAUCGUCAAUCGAUUUCACGAAGAUCGACCCUGCUCUCCUCCCCACUGUCAUCAUCGUCGGCCGCCCCAAUGUCGGCAAGUCCGCCCUUUUCAAUCGAUUGAUAGGGAGGAGGGAAGCUCUUGUGUAUAACACACCAGACGAUCAUGUGACUCGGGACAUUAGAGAGGGGAUUGCGAAGCUCGGGGAUUUGAGGUUUAGGGUUUUGGACUCGGCCGGUCUGGAGACUGAGGCUACGUCGGGGACUAUUCUUAGAAGGACGACGGAGAUGACUGCGAGGGUUCUCGCACAGGCACAAUUUUCCAUCUUUUUGGUUGAUGUCAGGGAUGGAUUACAACCUCUUGAUUAUGAUGUUGGGAAGUGGAUGAGGAAACAUGCAUCUGGACUUCAUACUAUUGUGGCUAUGAAUAAAUCUGAAUCACUUGCUGAGCGAGGACUUCUUUAUGCAGAGGCAGGGGAAGCAUAUAGCUUAGGUUUUGGAGAUCCAAUUGCCAUAUCUGCAGAGACAGGAAUGGGUAUGGUAGAGCUUUAUGAGACGCUCCAACCACUGUUAGAAGAAUAUGUGCGCCAACUACCAAAAGAAGAGCAACAACAAGAUGAUAUCGUCUCAGAGACUGAGGAGAUUGACGAGACAAAGUUGCCUUUGCAGCUGGCAAUUGUAGGGCGUCCCAAUGUGGGGAAGUCUACACUACUUAAUACAUUGUUACAAGAAGAAAGAGUUCUUGUUGGACCCGAAGCUGGCUUGACAAGGGACUCGGUUAGAGCCCAGUUUAAAUUUGAAGACCGCACAAUAUAUUUGGUGGACACUGCCGGUUGGUUACAAAGGGCAGGGCAGGAGAAAGGACCAGGAUCCUUGAGUGUAGUGCAGUCAAGAAAAAGCCUUAUGAGGGCUCAUGUUAUAGCCUUGGUUCUUGAUGCAGAAGAGAUUGCUAGAGCCAAUAAAAGCAUGAAACAUGCAGAAGUGGUAAUAGCUCGCCAAGCAAUUGAAGAGGGUCGUGGCCUGGUUGUGAUUGUCAAUAAGAUGGAUCUACUUAGAGGAAGACAAAAUUCUGCAUUGUAUGAAAAGGUCAUCGAGGCUGUUCCAAAAGAAGUCCAAAGUGUUAACCCGCAGGUCACUGAAAUACCGGUUGUGUUUAUUUCAGCUUUGGAAGGAAAAGGACGUAUGGCUGUUAUGAACCAGGUUAUUGAUACAUACAAAAAGUGGUGUCUAAGACUAUCAACAGCACGCCUUAACCGAUGGUUGCGCAAGGUUAUGAGCAGGCACUCCUGGAAAGAUCUAGCAACCCAACCAAGGAUCAAGUACUUCACACAAGUGAAAGCUCGACCUCCAACAUUCAUUGCUUUUUUAAGCGGGAAGGCGCAACUUUCAGAUUCCGAUAUGAGAUUCUUAACAAAAUCCCUAACAGAAGAUUUCGAUUUGGGUGGGAUUCCAAUUCGUAUAAUGCAGCGAUCUGUCCCUAAAAAGACGGCACCAGGAAGCAAGAGCAGUAGAAGCUUGCCACUUUCUAAGAGCAAUAAGAGAGGGAGGUCAGAUAAAAGGGCUCGAUCAUCAGAACUCGCUUCGACUUAAUUUUUCGGUUUUAUUUAUUAUAUUAUAUGAACACAAGUUACCUGACAGCAAGUCUGGAAGAAGGGAGUCACUCUUUUGACUCUAGGCGCAUACUUUCGAGUCACGCUUUUGACUCUAGGCGCAUAUUUUCGUCAUGGAAUCUUGAUUCAAUCCUACAGUUUUCAAGUGCAUUAUGAGGAAGAUAAUGAAACUGUUGAGGGAAAAAGUUUGGCUCGAAGGAUCCACGAAAAGCUUGAUAAGCAAGGAAACAUGGGGUUCUUUUUGGAUAUACAAGUUGUAAGUGUCUAACUAAUCUCUAUGGUUAUUGUGGUUAGAAUGUAAUGAACUCAUUAUUUUGUGUUUUUCUGAAAAUGUGUUGUUUAAGUCUUAUGAAGUAUGUUCAUUUGGAAAACAUAAUUUUGAACUGUGCUUCAGAGAGAAAAUUUAGAAUCUCUUAUUAAGGUGAAA